AUGGACAACCUGUGUCUUUUGCUUGUCACAGGAAGUCUGGUUCUGUUCUUCUUGCGCUUUGCAGUGGCAGUCGACACUAUUGAUGCAUCUCAACCGUUAAGUGACGGGGAGACAAUAGCUUCGAGAGGAAGAACUUUUGAGCUGGGAUUUUUCAGUCUGGGCAGUUCGAGGGGCCGUUACUUGGGAAUUUGGUACAAGAACAUCCCACUUAGAACUGUUGUUUGGGUUGCAAAUAGAAGCAACCCAAUCAAUGACUGUAGUGGCAUGUUGAUGAUCAAUAACACAGGCGAUAUAGUCCUCCUAAGCCACAAGAGCAGCGUCAUUUGGUCCACGAAAACUACUGGACGGGCCGAGAAUCCGGUUUUACAGCUGUCCUUAAGGGUAGAGGCCUGGGUCCGGGGUCUCGAUAAAAAUAUACCGGCCCCAUUGGUUCUCCCGUCCACACCCCCCUUACGGAGGGUAAGGGGGCCAGAAAUGAAGCUUGGAUGGGACUUGAAGACUGGCCUCGAUCGGCAGUUAUCUACUUGGAAGAGUCCCGAUGACCCUUCUCCAGGAGAUUUCACUUGGGGAAUGGCCAACCGUAAUUUCCCUGACGUUGUAGCAUGGAAGGGCCCCAACAAGAUGGCGCUUCUGCCAAUGAGGUUCGGUAUCCCUAAGGACUGGAAUACUGUCAUGACGCACCACCGCUUCCCAGAUGUCGGUAUGCUGAUCGGUCCCCUAAAAGGUUUUGACGGGUCGCACGGUAGGGGCCCCAAGGACGCUGAUCGGGACCCCAUGGAGCUAGACCCUCCUGACGGCGCAAUGGAGAAUCCUGGCUCCGCUUCCCUAGUGACUGACCCGUAUGGCUCCAACUUUGAAUCAACGGAGUCUAAGUUUGCUGGAUCUGAGUGA